AUGCGAGCUACUAUCAGCCCGGCCCGACUGGCUGCGGCUCCUUACACAGCCAGGAGCCCAACUCAAGGGGCAUUGGCUGCAAUCCAUCCUGACCUGGAUGGUGCAGCUAAAGACAAAGAGCUUACCCCUAUCAUCCCUAUGCUGCGUAGCAAUAAUGAAGAUAGCAACCCUGGGCCCGAUAACGCGGGUGAUGUUCCAGACGGACCUGAAAAUCACUGCAGUGAGCCGACACCAGAUGAAACUCCCCUCCAACAGGAAGCCAUGUCAGUUGAACAACUGGCAGAUGAACUGGGCCUAGAUGUCAGUCAGAUCAAGCGGUUCCGACAAGUUGCAGCCGUAAGAAGGGUUCGAGAUUCACAGGGCAGGAUCGAUGAUGAUGUGGCCGGCGAGGCUGCUGGUAAUGUAUCGGUAGUCCGUGCGCGCGAAGCGCCCCCCUCCGAACCCCAGGAGGGCACUCAUAAAUCGCGCAUAAAAGCUGAGCUCUUGAAACCAUCCAACGCUUUCCUCAGCCUAACAUCCACCAACAGCCCCCAUCUCUUUCUUCUUGUGCUCGAUCGUACUUUCCUGAACACUCCAAAACCUUCACCACAAACAUGUUUCCAGCCAGCUCAAUCUGGAAACUACUAUCGCAAACUCAGCCGUUUUACCAGCAGGGAAAGUUUCCGCAAUUCAUGCUAUUUCAACCUGGCCACUGUCGACGAGUGGACCUAUGAAGGUUGCGUAGGUUCCCCCAAUCCUGGCAGAAUCAUCACAAAGGGCCAGCCUAAAAAUGUCCACGUGGCCAAAUACUGGACUCAUUGGAACAAACCAGGAGAGGACAGUGGAUACAAGGUUGUCAUUGGUUGGGACAACCCAAACGACGGGUCAACACGCGCUUACCAAUGUCCAUGGUACAAAGCUUCUGAUCACAACAGCGUCAUCGUUGGGUGUAGUGACUGCCUCAAGCAUGACUUCACGGAACAACCUCCACCAGCCUAG